AUGACAACCACAAAUCAAAUACCAAAAAAUGAUGACAAGAUCAUCUUCAAAUGUGAUAAACACUCGACAAUUAUCUCCGAGAAACUUCAGAGUUUCUAUCAAGAAAAUGAGUUAUUCGACACUGUGAUCAUUGCAGGAAGCGAUCAUGUCAAUAUCCAUGCUCAUAGUGUUGUCCUGUGUGCAUUGAGUGAGUACUUCUUGCAAAUUUUCCGUGGAACUAAAAGGACUUCGAAAGACAACAUUGUUGAACUCAAAGAAAUCAAUGCUUCCACAUUGAAACUUGUUAUUGAUUUCAUGUAUUCGGGUACGAUUGAAUUAAGUCUCCAGACUGUCGAGGCAGUCUUGCGUAUUGCAUCAUUUUUAAUGUUAAACACUUUAGUUGAUGGUUGCUGUGAAUUGAUUGAGGAAAACAUCGAUUACAGCAACUGUUUGUAUUGGUUAUGUUUGGCUAAAGAACUUAAGUUAAAGGGUCUGCAGGCCAGUUCGCUUGAAUUUACUUACAUUCACUUUGAGAAAAUAUCAAAAGAUAAAGAGUUUAUGAUAUUGAAUGAAAAUGAAUUAAAGGAUUUGUUGUUCAACGAUAAUCCUCAUGGAGACUUCGAAGAGGAAGUCUUCUUAUCCAUGGUAGCAUGGAUAAAUUAUAAUAAACUCCAGAGAGAACAUUUGGUCUUUGAGCUUUUGUCAAUGAUUCGUUAUUGGGUUCUAACACCAAAGUUUAUUGUUGAAAACAGACAUUCAGUUUGUAAAACUGUCGAGAAUUACGAACUAAUUUGUAGUUGGCUACAAUGGCAUUUGUCGCCAGAGAGUCGAACAAACGAUCACUCAAAAUGUGAUCUGAAACCACGGAAAAAACCUAAACUCACAGCUGCUCGAAGCUUUUACAAUGUUGAUGGAAACAUUCAAAUUGAAACUUUUAAUCCGCAAGAAAAUUCUUGGUCAGUUGAAAUAGAAAACCGUUUUGGAUCUAAAAAAGAUAUGUAUUCAACAAUUAUGAUGGAUGGUAAAUUAAUUGCAGUUGGGGGACAUGAUAGUACUGGUUGGAAGAAUACAGUAAAAUGUUUGGAUUUGAACACUCUUGAGUGGAGUUAUUUGCCACCAAUGAUAAACACACCCAAACAACGUUGCCAGUUGGUCGAUUUAAAAGGAUACUUGUGUGUUUUUGCUGAUGGUGAAUAUAUGAAAACCUUUUCGAUGGAAAUAUACAAUUUUUCCACCCGUAAAUGGUAUGAAAUACAACCGAUUUGUCAAUUAAGCGAAGGGUGCCAAAUAGCUGCACAUAAUGAAAUGUUAUACAUUCUUGAUUUUAAAAACGGCUGUUUACAAACUUAUGAUGCGGCUUCAAAUAAAUGGACCUCUAGAACUAUUAAGACAGACUUAUUUAAAUAUUUUGGUCUUGCUGCAGUUGAAGGAUUUAUAUACGUCUUUGGCGGUCGUUGUGUUGAUGAAAGCGAAUAUGUGACAACUGUUAAACGUUAUGAUUUAGCAAACGAUUCUUGGUGUGAAAUAUCAUCACUUCCAUACUUGCAAGCUAAUAGCUUUAUUAAAACCAAGGCCUUAGAAAAUAAAAUAAUUAUAGCUUCCGAUUCUCUUAAUGUUGCCGAAUAUGAUAUUGACACAGACAAAUGGAUCACUAUGAGUCCUAUAUCAAAGAGUAUUUGGUUUGGGUCUUUUGAUAUAUGUUAUAUGUAA